CUGUGCUUCGCGUGUUGUUUGAGGUGGAAAAAUAGACAUGCCAGACUUUUGACCUGAAAACCCAGAAAUGGCGUCGCAAAAUCGUGUAAAUGGUCCCGAUUCUCUUCCUGCUAACGGCACAGAACAGCAACGGGCGGACUUAUUUCAAAACCUUGAGAAGCUUAUUGCCUCAGCCGUUUCAAUAUGCAGAUUAGACGGUUCUGUCCAAUGUCAAAUUGGCGGGUUAAUAACAGUUAUCGAAGAGCUCCAAAGACUCCUUCGUCACAGCUUUGCAGAAAUCAGAAGAUUGGAACGAAAUCUAGAAGAUCAAGAACACACAUUCACUAAUAACAUCACAAAUCUACACUAUCAUGUUAAUGAAGUGCAAGCAACUGUGGAAUCUUUAGAAUGUGAUUUUGAAGAAGCUCAGAGGUCAAGAGAAACAAGCAGUGCUAUUGAGCAAUGCAGUCAAAAUGAAACAGAACCUGAUGAUUCAUCACAAAUCUCUUUAAUGGAAGAAAGUUAUGGCUAUGGCGAAGAAUUAGAUGGUGGAUCUAUACCAAAUAAUGUAAACUAUCCAUUGGAAAACACAGCUUCGAGUGAGAAAGAUGAAGGACUUAUCACCAUGCCAGAUUCAGACACUACAAUGGAUGUUACCAAUGAAACUGCCAAAAGUACGAAUCAAACAUCACUGGGUGGUGAAGAUGCUGUGACAGAUGAUGUGAAAGAUUACGUAAAAGAGGAUGUGAAAGAUGAUGAGAAAGAUGAUGAGAAAGAUGGUGUAAAAGAUGAUGUAAAUGAUGAUGUAAAAGAUGAUGUGAAAGAUGAUGUUAAAGAUGAUGAGAAAGGUGCUGAAAAAGGUGUUAACAAUAGCCAAGGUCCAUUGCCAAGUCUGGAUAAAGAAGCUGAGGUGAAAGAGGACAAAAAAAGGGCUGACAAUUGCGAAAAACCGUUGCCAAGUUUGGACAAAGACGUGGUUGAAAAAGAAAGUGAAAGAAGUUCUGACAAUGGCCAGGUAUCUUCGCUAUGUCCCAAUGACGAAACUGGCGAGGAGGACAAUGGAAUUGGUGCCAGAAAUGAUCCUAUACCAUCAAUUGUAAAUGGAGGUACGAACGAACUAGAAGAAUCACACGAAAUACCAUCAUCAUCAUCGCCACCCUUACAGCAGGAGAACAACAAUAUAUCAACAUCACCGGACAAAGAAACUGGUACGAGUACAAGUUCAGAGCGGGAAAAUGCACUUCGUGUACUCCGAAGUAACACUAAUAACAAGUCGGAUAGCCAAGAGCAAGUCACAUCCGAUAAGAAAACCAACCGUUCUUUCAGCAAUAGAUUUGAGGCGAUAGAAACUCGUUCAAGUUCAUCUACGAGUAAAGAUCGGCAAGUCUAUUCCACAAGCCCAUUUGUAAUCAGAAAGUCACCGAAAAUACAAAGUUCAAAAACAUUCCAAAGCAACUCAUCGCCGAAAACAAGUCCUACCAAACAGGUUUUUCAUAGAAGUCCUGUGAAAAACCAAAGAAGCCAACCGCGUGGCCAGUUAUAUCAAAGAAGCCUGACUAAACAAAAUACAUCGAAAAUUACAAAAAAGAGUAUGAUGUCAAGAGAAUCGUCGAGUAAAAUGGCGCUGGUGAGCAAGAUAGAAAGGAAAAGCCCUGUUGGCGUCAAACUUUCUCGAAAAGGUCCAGAUAGCGGCUCCAAAAAGACCACAAAGAUUAUCGCAAAAUCACAUGUUAAAACUAAAAACAGUCCAUUAAAGCAAAGAAGCGUUGUUAGCAAACGUCCAGCAAGCCCAACCAACGCAACAACAGACAAAGAUUCGAAACGAGCCAGUGAGAGUUUUUCGAAAGAAACCGAGCAAAAAGAUUCUAUGUCUAAGAAAGUAUCCUCAAAGCCUUCAAAUGAAAACCCGAUGGACAAAUAUAUUGAUUUGGAUUUUCUCUUAAACGCGAACCAACUAAUGAGUGAACUGGUGACGGACUCCAGUAGAGAGGAAGGGACAUUAGACACUGCAUCUGAGGCUGAAAGACGACAUAUUGUCGAAUUAGCGAAGCUGUAUCGACUUCGAUUACGAAUGGCAGCCAAGGAGGGCGAUCUCCCUGUGGCGUUGAUAAAGGGUCGCGAGUCAUCCCUACCGAAGCCAGGUCAAGUCGACAGGCUGUUGCACAAAAUGACUCGUGCAAUGGUGAUCAAAACACAGAUCGCAAAAUCGAAAGAGUCUGCAAAGAAGCACAAGCUAAGCGGAAACAGGCGAAGUAUGGCAAGUCCUGCGAAGAAGAAAAGAGAUUAGACAUUUAGAAGUUCAAAAAAUUACACAUUGAUAUUUGUUGAUAAACUGAUAACAUACGUUUAAACGCAUGCGCAAAGUUGAAUAAUGCAAGGAUAUUUUAAGUGCAAAUAGUCAAUGAAGAAACACUAACAUACCCAAUCGGGCGCUUUGAUAUACUAGAAAAAUAGAAUAGACGAUUCAUUUAAUUUGUACAGAGAGAACUUUUAGAGAAGUCUUUGAACUUUAAAGAUGGUACUUUUAAUAUUGUAGUGGGCUUGAGAUUAUGUUUAUAGCGUAUGGUUUUUAAUCCAAACGCUUGUUUAAAUAUCUUGUAGUUGCUAUAAAUAAAGUACAGU